CCCGCGCGGUAACUCUUGUGGCGCGCCUCUUCAUCAGCAUUGUGGUCGUGCAGGCUGAAGUUGCAGACAAGAGUCCCUUUUUACUCUCUGCAAUUUAUUUAAUCACCAGAGUAAGUGUGAGUGUACUUGGUUAAAGUGGUGACGUGGCUGAAAUAAACUGCAGGUAGUCCGAGGAGGAUCCCCGUUGCAGCUGAAGUGGAUUCCCGGCUCGGUGGAGGUAAAGUUCUCCUCUGUCUUCUUCUGGUGGAGGGUUAAAGUUCUGCGAACAACAAUGGCAGCUGUGUGUCAGCCACGACGAGCCCUGGUGGAAAUACCUGCUCCGCAGCCUAAGAUUCCAGCUCCAAUGAGGAGGUCCUACCAGGAGAUCCUGAGUGCACGCUUGGCUCCUUGUCCACUUGCCAGGCGGAGAAUAGCACCAUCAAACAUAAAGUCUAUGCAGCAGCUGAACUUGCCUGCUGACGAAGCGUGGCAUAAGAGAGUAGAGGAGCAGUGUAGUGAGCACCACACCCCACUGUCCAAACAGCAGCUGGUACUUUUAAUCAAGUCACUCAUCUCAGUGGAGCAGAGACAGGAGUCCAGAAACAUGGCUUCAGGGAUGAAAUUCCUCCAGGAGGACUUGCAGCAGAAGAAGACAAACAUUUACAGGUCCAUUCCAUAUUCGCGUUUUGGCUCCAACAGGGAUGCCCACUGUUACAGGAAGGCGUACCCUCACCUGUUGGCAUUCAAAGUGUCGUGUGAGGAGUGGGGCCAAGUUCUUCUGAGGAACCAGGAGUGGGACGCCGUGCUGCAGCACGCACUCAUGGCAUGGCGUUACACCAGCGAGCUGCCCCAGUGGGAUACGGUCAACCAUAACGCCGUGAAGGAACAGUGUUACAGCGUUCUGGCAGCUCAGUGCCUUACGGCACUCCAGCACUACCAACCUGAGCCCAGCAGAGGUCAAGAGCUUCUCAGAAGGUUGAAGAUCGCUCAGCUACACAGCCACUCCAUUGUUCCUUGUGUUAAGGAGCUGCAGAGAAUAUUGGAACGUGCAGACAACUCAGAUGCAAAAUGAUGAUGGAAAACAAAAACCUGUUUUUCUGGUGCUACCUGAAUGUAAAGGGCCAAAUUGUUUUACUGGGUUGUUCUACUGCUGUUUUUGCAAAAGGAAAAGAAUACUGACAAAGACGACUAUUUCACGACUAUUUCCCACGGAGAAGAGCUGAUGUACGCAGUUUACAUCACUCUUUACUUUUCAUGCUGUGAGAAAAGUUCAGUUGACAACUGAAAUUUAAGAAAAAAAACAAUAAUUCUGUUGUUGCUUUGUGCUGUCUAUUAGUGUUGAUUAUACUUGAAACUCGUCUUUUUUAUUUGUCUGUCACGUGUUUUGUCUGUCAAGUGUCUUUCUAGGGUGUGUGUGUGUCUUUGUGUCAGUUUUAUUUUCCACUUUUGCACUGGUGCAUAUUUGUCCUGAGAACUUGAAUGUUUAUUUAAAUAAAGUAAAGAUGUUGGUGCAAAAUA